AUGGCUUCUUCCAUAAUAGAUCAAGUAGCAGACUUUGGUGAAAAACUACUUCCAUAUUUGACCAAAUGGUAUACUAUUGUAUUCAUAAUUGUAUUGACGUACAUCCCAUUAUACAAUCUUAAAAAUGCUUAUUCUGGUUGGAGAUUGGGUUGUCAAGAUCCACCAAAAUUCCGUAAAGCUGGCUUCACCGGAGUUUUUGCUUUGAUAGAAGCAGUCCAAAAGAAGAACGAAGGUAGAUUGGUUGAUUGGGCGGAUGAACAGUUCGAUGACUAUCCAAAUCAUUCCAUGUAUCUAAAUGUUACUGGUUUAUUGAAAAUUGUCUUGACAGUUGAUCCUGAAAAUAUCAAGGCCGUGUUGGCAACUCAAUUUAAUGAUUUCUCAUUGGGCACUAGACAUGCUCAUUUUGCUCCACUUUUAGGUGAUGGUAUCUUCACUUUGGAUGGUAAUGGAUGGAAAGAUUCAAGAGCAAUGUUGCGUCCACAAUUUGCCAGAGAACAAAUUGCUCAUGUUAAAUCGUUGGAACCACAUUUACAAAUUUUUGCUAAACAUAUUAGAGCUAGCAACUUCAAGACUUUUGAUUUACAAGAAUUAUUUUUCAAGUUCACUGUUGAUACUGCUACCGAAUUUUUGUUUGGAGAAUCUGUUCAUUCAUUAUAUGAUGAGAAAUUAGGUAUUGCUCCACCAAAUGAUAUCCCAGGAAGAGAACAUUUUGCUGAUGCAUUCAACAAGUCUCAAAAAUACCUUGCCACUAGAACCUAUAUGCAAAUGUUUUAUUUCUUCAUUAAUCCAAAGGAAUUCAGAGACUGUAACAAGAAAGUUCAACAUUUGGCUCAAUACUUUGUCAAGAAGGCCCUUAAUUUCACACCUGAAGAAUUGGAGGAAAAAUCCAAGGAUGGCUAUAUUUUCCUUUAUGAAUUGGUCAAACAAACUAGGAACCCACAAGUUUUGCAAGAUCAAUUAUUAAAUAUUAUGGUUGCUGGUAGAGAUACCACUGCUGGUUUGUUAUCCUUCACCAUGUAUGAAUUGGCAAGAAACCCUGAAGUUUGGCAAAAAUUGAGACAAGAAAUUGUUGAAAACUUCGGUGAAGGUGAGGAUGCUAGAGUUGAAUCAAUUACUUUUGAAACUUUAAAGAAAUGUGAAUACUUGAAAGCUGUACUUAAUGAAACCCUUAGAUUAUACCCAUCAGUUCCAGUCAAUUUCAGAACUGCCACUAGAGACACAACCUUACCACGUGGUGGUGGUUCCGAUGGUAGCAAACCAAUCUUUGUUCCAAAAGGUUCAACUGUUGCAUACACCGUUUACAAGACUCACAGAUUAGAAGAAUACUACGGAAAGGAUUCCAAAGAAUUUAAACCAGAAAGAUGGGAAAACAUGAAGAGAUUGGGUUGGGCUUAUUUACCAUUCAAUGGUGGUCCACGUAUAUGUUUAGGUCAACAAUUCGCCUUGACUGAAGCUAGUUAUGUUGUUGCUCGAUUGGCACAAAUGUUUCCAACCUUGGAGUCACAAGAUGAUACUUAUCCACCAAAAAAGUGUGUUCAUUUGACUAUGAACUUGGAUGAAGGUGUCUUUGUCAAGAUGAAGUAA